ACCGCAACACUAUCCCAAACCCAAACGAAAACCUCUCACAAUUUUCCCAAUUCACGCGUUUCUUUCCUUUUCUAACACCCUUGGCUUAGGUUUUUCGUUCCGCAGCUCGGUCUUCGAAUCCUCUCACCCAGAGGUUCGAUUCGUACCAUGUAAUUGUGGGAUUUUUGCUUAGCCACUUCUUUAUUCCCAAAUUUUUGUUCUCUAUUUCCCUGGUUAGGCUUUUUCAUUCUAGGAUUCGAUCGCCGGUUUCGAGUACACGAGGCUUGGGUCGUGUCAUAUUAUUGGGGUUUUGGUUUUGAUCUUGAAAGUGGUAGAUUUUGGUGUGGGUGAUCGACGUUGUUUGGUUUUUGCUCACGAUCGAGAAUGGGUGAGGCUUCAGGAGAUGGUUCCGCUGAUUGUUUCAGCCAGAUGAUGUCGUCGAUGCCGGGCUUUCGCUUCCAUCCUACGGAUGAGGAGUUGGUGAUGUACUAUCUGAAGCGGAAGAUUUGUGGGAAGAGGCUGAAGCUCAACGUUAUUCGUGAAACCGAUGUGUAUAAGUGGGAUCCUGAGGAGUUGCCUGGGCAAUCCAUACUGAAAACUGGAGAUAGGCAGUGGUUCUUUUUCUGUCACAGAGAUAGGAAAUAUCCUAAUGGUGCAAGGUCUAAUCGAGCCACCAGACAUGGAUACUGGAAGGCAACAGGAAAGGAUCGUAAUGUGAUAUGCAAUUCUAGGGCAGUUGGAGUGAAAAAAACCCUGGUUUUCUACAUAGGCAGAGCUCCUAGUGGAACGCGGACUGAUUGGGUUAUGCACGAAUACACCAUGGAUGAAGAGGAGCUUAAGAGAUGCCAAGGUGUUAAGGACUACUAUGCACUUUAUAAGGUUUUCAAGAAAAGUGGACCUGGUCCUAAAAAUGGUGAACAGUAUGGUGCACCAUUUAAUGAACAAGAGUGGGCAGCGGAUGAUGACAUUGUGGAUUUUAAUAAUAACAUAACUGAUCAGGAGGAUCCAAAUGUUGUCCCUGAGAAUGGGAGUGCACUGCAUCCUUUGCUUGAUGAUGAAAUCAAUGACAUCAUUAGAGAAAUUUUGGAUGAUGAGCUUGUCCUUGAUCAGCAGCAUGUGAAUGGUUAUCUUGACUUUCCUCAGGUUGUUACUGAAGAAACACAAAGUACUGUUGUGGAUCAGUUCUCUGAGGUGCUUAUGUACCGUGAGACAACCGAUCCUAGCUGUCAAUAUUUUGAUGUGCAGCCCAGCUUUGACUUCAACCAGCCAGUUACUUCUCAUUUACAAGUUUCUGAAGCUUCUGAGGUUUCUUCUGCCUCCAACAUCCAAAGAAAGGGGCUUGACUUGGAUAAGGUUGGCUUUUUGGAAAUUAAUGAUCUCAUUGAUAAUGAUCCUGCUUUGGCAAAUGUGGAAAAUCCGGUGGAGUACCCGCAUUUUGAAGAUGGGUUAAGUGAACUUGAUCUGUACCAAGAUGCAGAGAUGUUUCUUCGUGACCUGGGGCCAAUAAUUCACGAAACAGAUUCACAUGCAUAUACAAAUGCCCUUGUCAGCAACAAUAUCGAAAGUCAAAGUUACCAGUUGCAAUCCGGUUCUGAGGAUGCCAACCAAACUGUUGGUGAAUUCUGGAUGCACGAUGAAAGAAACACCCUGAUUCCAUCAGAAGAAGGCUUUGUCGAUUCUUUCUCACUAUCAUCCCCAGGUGUUGUAUGUGAAUCUCUCAGCUUUCCUACGGAAGGCAAUUACAAUCAAAGUAGCACCGUGGAAGAUGUUUCUACAAGUAGCUUCUCCUCUUCUCUCUGGGCCUUUGUUGAGUCAAUACCUACUACUCCUGCAUCAGCUGCUGAAAGUGCUUUGGUGAAUCGAGCUUUGAAUCGAAUGUCUAGCUUCAGCCGGGUAAAGAUCAGGCACACAAACAUUACUGCAGGUAAAGACACUGCAACUACGAAGAAAGCAGGCAGAAAGGGAUUUUCAUUCCUUUUCUUCCCUAUUCUUAUUGCUUUAUGUGCUUUUUUGUGGGUUUUUGUUGGAAACUUAAGAUCAUUAGGGAGAUGUAUCUCUCCUUGAUUAUUAUAUAUCAUGUAAAUCCAAAGUUUUGCUGCUAGGUAUAUAUUGUCUGGGAUCUCCCAGUUGUCUGGUACCUCCCGUAACUGCCAAGCAGUGCUGUUCUAACAUAUUCUCAAAAAUAAAAAAAAUAUAUAGUUAUCUUUGUGAA